UGUUAGGUGCUAACCUUGGAUUACGCUUUGAAACCUGCAUACUUUAUGCUGUAUAAUGCAUCUCGUGUUACAAUGUGGCAUGCACGUAUGUGCAUUGCGUUCCGUCUUGCACAGAGAAUCGGGUAGGGAUCGGCGGCAAUGGGGAAGGCGGGCAGGUGGCUGAGGAGCUUCCUGGCCGGCGGCAGGGCGAAGGAUGGGAAGAGGGACAGGCCGCACGCCGAGGCGAUGCAGGUCACGGCGUUGCCGGGAGCGACGCCCAAGGAGAAGCGGUGGAGCUUCAGGCGGCCGGUGGUGCUGGCGGCCGAGCAGCGUGAAGCCACGGACAGCGUCGGCGCGUCUCGGUCGUCAGCGGCAUCCGAGGCGGGGUUCGAUCAGAAGACGCGCGCAGUGGCUGUCGCGGUGGCCACCGCGGCAGCGGCAGACGCGGCGGCCACGGUGGUGCGUCUGUCCUCCCGCAAGGCGGCGCCAUCGCCACCGGCAGGCUUCCUCGUCGAGGCGGCGGCGGCUGUCAGGAUUCAGGCGGCAUACAGGGGCUAUUUGGCAAGGACGGCGCUGUGCGCGCUGAGGGGCAUAGUGAAGCUGCAGGCGCUGGUGCGAGGGCAGCUCGUGAGGAAGCAGGCCAAGGCCACGCUCCGGUGCAUGCAGGCUCUCCUCGCGGCGCAGUCGCAGCUGCGCGCGCAGCGCAUGCGCUUCCUCCAGGAACACCAACCUCACCAGACACCGCCGCCCAGGCCGCGGCCGUCACCGAGCCACCCGAGGCACCGCAGGUCCUCCUACGAGAUGGACAGGUCGAGCGACGAUAGCGCCAAGAUCGUCGAGAUGGACAACGGCGAGCAGCCAGCAGCGCGGCGCGGCAGGGUGAAGAGCGGCGACAGGCACUUCUCCACCGUCGAGUACCACCACCAGCACGGCGGCAGGUGCUCGCCGGCGCCGUCGGCCAUGACCGAGAUGAGCCCGAGGGCGAGCAGCUGGCACGUGGAGGACCACCUCUCCUUCGGGAGCAGCCCGCGCUCCCAGACCCAGAACGCGUCGGAGCUGCCGUUCCCGAGCUACAUGGGCAACACCGAGUCGUCGAGGGCCAAGGCGCGGUCGCAGAGCGCGCCCAGGCAGCGCGCCGCCGCCGACGCGCUGGAGCGGCAGCCGAGCAGGAGGAAGGGCGCGGAGCACCGGAGCGUGCCGAGGGGCGCCAGGAUGCAGCGCUCGUCGUCGCAGCAGCAGGCCGGCUCGGCUCCUCGGCCGUCCUUCUUCAGGCCGUGGUCGACGUCGGUGAAGCUGGACUCGUCGACCGCGUCGCUCAUGGACAGCGAGUGCGGCUCCACCAGCUCCGUGCUCACCGCGGCAACCACCGUGUCCACCGUGUACAGCCGGACCCGCUCGCUCGUCGGAUUCGAGGUGCGCAGGGGACUGUACUGAUUAUGCCCACAGUUCCAAUUACUCCCGGCGUGCAGUGCGAAAAACAAGAAAAAAAAACCCUGGAAAAAUUAUCAGUUUGAAAGUCUGGUAGCAAUGUGUGUUGAGAAAGAACAGAGCCUAGUUGAGACUUGAGAAGUUGUAUUUUGUAUAUAUACGUGCGAGUCAAGUGUACAUUUUAUAGUGGAGGGUGUGUGAUGACAGUUC